AUGGCAACGCAACUCAUGAAUGCAGUUCAGUACAGUGGCUAUGGUGGAGGGCCAGAUGGCUUACAGCAAGUUAAAGUUCCAGUUCCCACUCCAAAAGAAGAUGAGGUUUUGUUAAAAGUAGAAGCAACUAGUCUAAAUCCAGUUGAUUGGAAACUUCAGAAUGGCCUGCUACGCCCAUUUCUUCCUCGCAACUUCCCUCACAUACCUGCUUCUGAUGUGGCAGGCGAGGUUACAGAGGUUGGAUCAAAAGUAGAAAACUUCAAAGCUGGUGAUAAAGUUGUAGCUAUGGGUAACGUCUUGAAAGGAGGUGGACUAGCCGAGUUUGCUGUCACCAAGGAAAGCUGGACAGUUGCAAGACCACCUCAACUUUCAGCAGCUGAAGUUGUAGGCCUCUCCAUUGCAGGUUUGACUGCUCACCAGGCUGUCACCCAAGCUGCCGGCAUCAAGCUUGAUGGCAGUGGCAAUAAGGCAAACAUUCUGAUAACUGCCGCUUCAGGUGGCGUGGGUCACUAUGCAGUUCAACUGGCCAAGCUGGGAAAUGCUCACGUGACAGCCACUUGUGGCACCCGCAACAUUCAACUUGUCAAGAGCUUAGGGGCUGAUGAGGUUCUUGACUACAACACCCCAGAUGGAGCAUCUCUGAGGAGCCCAUCUGGUCAAAAAUAUGAUGCCGUAAUUCAUUGUGCAAUGGGAAUUCCCUGGUCUAUUUUUGAGCCUAAUUUGAGCCCAAAUGGGAUGGUAAUUGAUCUUACUCCUGGUCCUAGUGCGUUGGUGAGUUUUGCCCUGAAGAAAAUUACCUUCUGUAAGAAGCAACUGCUGCCACUGAUGUUAAUUCCCAAGGGUGAGAACCUCAAUUAUCUUGUUAACUUGGUGAAGGAAGGGAAGCUCAAGACAGUGAUUGACUCAAAAUAUGCUCUGGCCAAGGCCAGAGAUGCUUGGGCCAAGAGCAUUGAUGGCCAUGCAACUGGGAAGAUCAUUGUUGAACCUUAGGUGAAAACAAUAUGCCUGCUGGAAACCUCAUGUUUAUCAACGUCAA